AUGGCAAAAGACCUCUUCUUGCGGCCUCACUUGUCUCCAACAACUGAGAAGCUCAAGAGUACUGAGUUCGUCAAGAUUUGGGCCAGCACGUCAUGCUACCUCAGCCAACGGCUGGCUCUCCACCAGGUGGGACUUACCUCCUUCUCCUCCCCUCACAUCCUGACGAAGGUUGAUGAAGUCCUGACAGACCUUUGCCAUGGAGUGCAACUGGUUUGCCCCUCCUUUGAAAGACGGAACAAUGCCCCAGCACGACCCUGCAACGCACAGAUGUGCAACGGACCACCUCCUCUGUCCAUUCGGAUGUACAAUAAGGCAUGGGCAGGGCACUCAGCGCCGUCACCAUUCUCUGACAAGUCAUCCAUCUGUCCCUCCAAGACUUCUGAUCCACCACCUCCUCUGUUUCAGGCUGUCCGCAUUCCUGGACUUGGGACUUUUGUGGUUGUCAGAGAGCGAGUAGUCAGCAAGGAGAAGGAUCCGGUGGUUGUGGAGAGACCCGUGUUUCAUCUUGCGAACGCUAUCGCGCGGGACCAUGGCCUCCGAUAUGGUUGCAUAGACGUUCCUGGUCAUCAACAUUUUGAGCAACUGCCAUACGCUCAGAUAGCCUCAGACAACGCUGUCUCUGAGGGCACGGUGCAGCUCUGCGUGGAAAGGACCAUGCGUCUUUUCCGUGUCUGCCUCGAGAACAGGGAUAACGUUGCCCUCGUUUGGAGGGACGUGGGCAUGCUGAUCAUCCAGGGAAGAGACGUAAAAAUGAGAUUUUACACAGACUUUCUGAAAAGGCUGAAUGGGACUGACCAGAUGUUGCAAGCUGUUCUCGAGAUGCCAGAGAUGAGGGACUCGGUCAUCUCACGCCAUGACACUGCUGCUUCCCAGACCUCUUCUGGGCGUGUUGUCGUCCUACCGGGGUACAAGCUUGAGACCGUGCCUAAAAUGCCAACAGUGAAAGCAGACCUGACAGGACAUGUGAAGGCCACCCCAGAGAAGGGCUGGGGAAAAGGUGAUGGCAGUGGAAAGAAAGAGGACCUUGCCGAGCAGCGCCUCCUUCGUCGAGCAAGGCUUUCUCCAAAGCGGUUACCUGCAGCGACUGUAAAGUCAGAGCAGGGUCAGAAAGCUGAGGGGAGGGAGCCUCGCGCCAGGCAGCUACCGGCCAUCCAGGGGAGCUCCUUGAAGGAAAAGGAGGAGAAAGAGAAACAGAAACUAAUUCCUCUGGUCGAACCCCGAACAGUAGACUUCAUUGCCAGAGCUAUUGAGAGGAGAGAAAAGAAUAAACACUUGAAGAGGAAGGAGAAGCUUCCAGAACACAUCCAGAAAUACUUGGAUAAAGAGGAAAAGGAGAAAACAGAGCUGGCGGAGGAGGAAAAAAGUAAACUGCAAACCCGGCCAGUGACCAAAAAGAAGGCUAAGAGCGAAAAGGAGACGGUGAAAGCGAAAGCUAAGAGAGAAAAGGAGACACAGAGGAGCCAGGAAUCCAGUACCGCUGAGCAAGCACCAGUCAGCCCCUCAACUAGCACGGAGACGGGGGACUCCAGCCCCGACCUCCUGGAGACGAUGAUGGAGGAGUGGGAAGAGGCCAGAGGAGAGCCACCCACAGUCUGCGAGGACGACACUGUCCCCCCUAAGCGGAGCCUUUCCCCACGGACACGCCAGGCCCUGCGGCAGGUGGUGACGUGCAUCCUGGGGCAGGUCACCCGCAAGCGCAGGGGGCAGAGGGAUGACCAGACGGAUCUGCAGGACAAGCUCAAGUGCGAGCUGGCAGUGCUGCAGUGGCGUCGGUUGGGGCAAGAGGCAUGCAGCAGCCCACAGCUGCGGGAAGCUGGACCCCAACCUGCACCCCCUGCUAGGGCAGGGAAGAGGAGGGCAGGACCGGCGCAGCCCCGUGUGUGCACGGAGGAGGAAGGACGCAAGCUCUGGGACUCCUUGCGCAAGAAGUGCCAGCAGAAGGCAAGGGCAAAAGUGGCACCCCCGAAGGCUUGGAAAGACAAGCGAGAGCCAUGGGAGGCCCAGGUGCUGCAGGCGGUGAAAAACAAUGAGGAAAAGAGUAUUCCUGUCCUGCGGGGAGCCAAGGGCUCCUGCGUUCGUGGCACUCCAGAGUGGUGGGGAGAGGGCAGAAAAGGGCCAUCCGCGGGGGAUGAGGAGAGCCCAGAGGACAAGCUGAGUCUCUGCCUUUUGGAGUCCUCACCUCUGAAAAGCCCUGCGGAGCAGAUCUGGUCCACGUCGGCGAGUGCCAGGAGAGCCUCUCGGGCACAGAGGCUCCCGAGAGAGAUGUCCAGCAAGAGCCUCCUCCAGCAUGACGAGCGCCAGUGCCGGCCAGCCAGGCUGUUAACACCAAUGCUUCCGUCUGUUCAGUAAAGCCCCAUCUGCAAACCACUG